AUGAGCAGUCAGAUAUUGACAUCGCGCCAGGCCGAUGAGCUACACAAGGCCAUCAUUGCCUACCUUUCCUCCACCAACCUCUCCACCACCGCCGAUGCCCUGCGCCAGGAAUUGAACCUCGGCGACACCUUCGACGCCACCACCUCCAAGAAAUAUGAGGGCCUGCUCGAGAAGAAGUGGACCAGUGUCGUGCGGCUACAGAAAAAGAUCAUGGACUUGGAAUCACAAAAGGCUUCCCUGCAGGCCGAACUAGACAGCGCCACCCCGACCUCCCUCUCCCGCCGAAACCAGGAUCCUACCAGCUGGCUGCCCAGGUCCCCCGCGAGGCAUACGCUGCAGUCCCACCGGGAACCCAUCACCUGCGUCGCCUUCCACCCCAUUUUCUCGUCCCUGGCCUCGGGCUCCGAAGACUACACCAUCAAGAUAUGGGACUGGGAGCUCGGGGAGCUCGAGAGGACCAUCAAGGGCCACACCAAAGCCGUUCUGGACGUCGACUUUGGUGGCCCGCGGGGAGGGACGCUGCUGGCCUCGUGCUCGAGCGAUCUGACCAUCAAGCUCUGGGAUCCUGCGGACGAGUACAAAAACAUCAGGACCCUGCCCGGCCACGACCACAGCGUCAGUGCCGUGCGCUUCAUCCCCUCGGGCGCCGCUGGUGCGCCAUCCUCUAGUAACCUGCUGGUCUCCGCCUCCAGGGACAAGACGCUACGCAUAUGGGACGUGUCCACCGGGUACUGCGUCAAGACCAUUCGUGGCCACGCCGACUGGGUCCGAGACGUCUGCCCCUCCAUAGACGGCCGCUUCCUGCUAUCGACAGGGAACGACCAGACCGCCCGGCUCUGGGACAUAUCCGUCGCGCAGCCCGAGAGCAAGCUCACCCUCAUCGGCCACGAGCAUGUGGUCGAGUGCUGCACCCUGGCUCCAUCAUCUGCCUACCAACACCUGGCGUCUUUGGCCGGUCUAAAGAAGCCCCCGCCGGCAUCGAGCAGCGCAGAGUUCAUGGCCACCGGGUCUAGGGACAAGAAGAUCCGCAUUUGGGAUGCCCGAGGCACCUGUAUAAAAGUACUGAGCGGUCACGACAACUGGGUGCGCGCUCUGGUUUUCCACCCGGGCGGGAAAUACCUCUUGAGUGUGUCGGACGAUAAGACAUUGCGAUGUUGGGACUUGACCCAGGAGGGAAAGUGCGUCAAGGUCUUGUCCGACGUCCACGGCCACUUUGUUUCUUGUCUGCGCUGGGCACCGGGCAUCGUCCGGGAGCCUACCGUAAACGGUGGAGGACAGAACGGUACGGCCGUCAACGGGGCCAAGUCGGAUGCCACCCCCGACGUACAGGUCAGAUGUGUUAUUGCAACCGGGAGUGUUGAUCUCAACGUCAGGGUGUUCGCCAACUAG